AUGAGCGAAUACACAUAUUCCAUGACGAAGGAUCCGUCUAAAUUCGUUCCACUUUAUCAUCAUGAACAAGUACCUUUUCAUUCUUUUUCUCGACCACCAUCGACCCAUGCCAAAUCACAGCCAGAAUUUCAACCGACUACCCCUGUUCUUUCGUCACCAUUGCAACAGCAAGCACUGCAACAGACGACGACAACAACAACAACACAACAACCACAGCCACAGCAACAACAACAAACUCAGGAUCCGUGGGCAAAGAAUUCCAUGACCAAUCCUGCUUCGUGUGAUUUGCAAGAUGUCAUUCUCUAUUACCAGAAUCAACCAGACUUGCUCCGUUUAAUUUUGCUGAGCAAAUUGGAAGAAGACAAACGACGAGCCGAAGAAGCUAAACUGAGAGCGAAAGAAUUGGACCUAUUGUUACUGCAACAACAACAGUUACCCCACACACCUUCCAUCCCCGCAGAUAUGUCGUUUAAUACCAGUAAUUCCAUGAUUUCAACUUCGCAAACGCAAUUCGCCAAUUUUGGAAUGCAACCUACACCUCCGCCUAGUACCACUUCUUCCAUUGAUCAACGUAUCAUGACCCAGUCACAGCCUCUGCAUUUGCGAAGAACCAGUUUGGAUGCGAUUCUUGCCUCGCCUCAAUGUGCACCCACCAUGCAACGACGGGAUUCGGCAUUAGGUUCUUCCUUGGGUGGCAGUGCCAACACUGACGAAUUAGACGACAGAACAUUUUCUCCAAUCCCCACAUCGAACACCGCGGGAACUUUACUUCAAAUGGGCAGUUAUACUCCGCCAAAUCUGAUGUCGCUAAAGCAACCACAUCCGCUAUCGCCGUCCUACAUGGAUGAAGUACCUUUCUCGGGCACCUCAAUGCACCUCCAAUCGGAAACUCCACGUUGCACCAGCGUAGAACAACCAUCGGCGCAACUACGUCAUGAGCAUCAUUAUUCUCAGCGUCCCCGACGACGACGAGAGAUGCAAGCUAUCACCAAGAUCGUGGAAACGCGUGAAAAUCCAUAUAUGGAUGGUUACUUUUGGAAAAAUAACGGCAACACAAUACAAAAGAAAACAGGCAAUAAAAGUGUCUAUUACAAAUGUUCCAAUAGUACAAAGGGUUGUCCUGUCAACAAGACCGUUACCUGGAAGGAUAAUGGCGAGUUUUUGAUCAAAUACAGAGGCGAACAUCUACCAGAUUGUGGCAAGGUACAACGUAUCGUGGAUAUGUAA